AUGGAUGAAGGAUUCGCUAAGUGGAAAGGGUGUACUAAAUGCGGGCAGGAUAACCCACCAUCAAUCCCGGCGAAGAGGAGGAUUAGGCUGACCAAACUGAAAGUAUGGCGAGUCGAUGGGGUGGGUCAUAUGAUGACCGACCUGUUUGGACCAUAUAACCUGGUACAAGACUCACCUUUGGUAGAUGUUGAGGUUGCAAUUGGGGCGCUUGCAUUCGUCAACCUUGCGGUCUCCGAGGGUGGGACAUUACAGUUUCAGCGAUUGUUACAGUGUGCUAAUGGAACGAGGGGGUCACCGGAUAGCGAUGGGCUUGGGGAAUAUUUUCGGCAUACGAAGGGUUUGGUGAAAGUUACGUUAAGCUUUCAUCAAAAUUUGGGGUUUGACUGGUUGGAAGCAUUGGAGGGGUCUGCUGAUACGCUAAAAUAUUUGCAUUUAGCCAGCGUGUUCGGGGAUAUGAUGUUAACGGAGGAUGAGAUUGAGGGGUUAGGCAAGUCAUUGCAAAAACUGGAGAUGCUGACAGUUAGCUCGAGUCAUGAUUUGCCGGGUUGCGUCCUUAACUUUGAAAGUUUCCCACGCUUAAGAUAUUUCGGAAAUCGGGCAUACUCAUAUCUUAACGCAGGCGCCACAGAGAGGUUUCGGGAUCUCAUACAAAUGAGAUUCACCAAAACUGGCUUUUCGAGCCCACUUCGCCUUAUCCGCUUUAGACUACCGGGACAAAACUACUUAAUUGAGAGGGAUUCUGUUGAUGGCGUUGAAUUUGACGGAAAUACCAAUGUUAGGAUUAGAAUUAUUGAGGAUUGGAUAGUUCCUGAGGUUUUGAGGGGCUUUGGAGAUGUUCCGAGGUUUGGAUGA